CCUCUUCUCUCAUUCACUUGUGUUUACCUUACUGUCUUUACUCUUUUUUGUUCUUGUGACAAAACAAGAACCACUUUCUCUCGUUCGAGAUCCGUUUCUCUCUCCCUCUCUCACCAAAAAAAGAAAAGAAAAGAACCUCGAGGCAUUUCCCGUCCGUGUACAACUUCAUUCCCGACACGACCAAAACACAUCAUCAUCAUGCGUUUCACCUACAUCUUCGCCGCCGCUCUCGCGGCCACCGCCUCGGCACAGGACCUCUCUUCCCUCCUCUCCGAGGCCUCAUCCCUCGUCGGGACCGACACCGCCCUCCAGACCUUGCUCUCCAGCGCCGCCUCCGCGUUGAGCUCGGCCACCUCGGGCCUGACCGGUGACGCUGCCUCGAUCUAUUCUUCCGCCCUGUCCGCCGCCGGUUCUGAAAUCGGUGCCGCCACGAGCGCCGCGGGGUCCGCCGCGGGUUCCGCCACCGGCGCGGCCGGCAGUGCCUUGUCCAGCGCCACCGCCGCCGUCGGUUCCGCCACUUCCAGUGCCGGUGCCAGUGCCACCGGUUCCAGCUCGAUCUCGGGCAACGGUGUGGACAGACUCGCCCUACCCGCCAUGGGAGUAUUCGGUGCCGCCGUUCUCGGUCUCGCUGCGGCGUUGUAAAAGAAAAAAAACCAGCUCAAGGUCGAAAACACCCGAAUCGACAUUCUGUUUCUCCUUUUUUUGUGUCAGAAAACCCCCCCCUCUUCCAAAAAAGGACUGACACGGGGCGUCGAGGACCAAUGGGCGGCCACAUUUCUUGUACGGAUCUUGGGGCGUGUGGGAAAGAAACCGGUGUCUUUUUUGUUUCCAACUUUCAACGGAAGAUCCAAACUUUUAUAUACAAAUAACAAUACGAGAGUGUUAGUAUUAAAAGACUACCCUUCCUAGGUACUGUUUACGGCGAUGGUUCUUUUUCUCCCUUCUGGACGGCAUGCUCUUCUGGGGAAGGAAAAAAGUACAUCCAUCUUUUGCUCAAAGUAUUGGACACAUACAAACACACAGAGA